AUGCUCUCAGUCGAGGACAGCAUUGGUUUUCUGGCGCUGAGGCCUAGCACAUCUGAGGCUAUUCCUUCACAGUCAUCUCCACUUGACGUAACAUCCACCCUCAGUGACACAUUCGACCGUGUACGAGAUCUCAGAUUGAGACGUACAGUAGGGCUCCAGGCCAUCACCACAGAACAUGUUUACAUUCCACCGGAACUUGCGAGAACAUGGAUACACAACUACUUUCUUUACACUCCUAUAGAGACCUUUCUCAGUCUUGUUGACCGGAAAAUGAUCGAGAUGAUCCCUGACAUGCUGACUAUGAAGCAUGUCACUCUGGACCCCUGCAUUCUGGUUGUCUACUACAUCAUCCUUUGGCGUGGAUGUUACAUUCUCAACAGCAGAUCAUAUCAGAGUCCCGAUCGGAAAUAUGCAAGAUAUCUAUACAUCUGCUGUCUGCGCGCCUUACCAACUUGGCAACAAGAGGCGACUGGCUCAAUAACAGACUUCGUGGCCGCUAUUUUCAUGACUGGUGUCGCUACGGAAAUGUUCGACUGUGAAUUGAGCUUGGAAAUGCAUCAACUGGCAUGUGAUUAUGCCAAAGGCCUUCACAUGCACAGUCUCGAUGGCAACGACUACUUCGCAAUAACAGGAUCAACCAGAACGGACGACGAUCGCCGAGGGAUGUGGGAACUGAUUCAAACGGAUCUGUUCUAUCAUUUGAUGUACAACAAACCAGCAAAGUUGUUUCCCAACUUGGACAGCUGGCAAGUCAAUUUGCCGUGGCUUUCACUCGACUCGACCCCCGACGACAACACAAAAGUGGAUACCAUUGCUUUCCUAUUUCGCAGCCGGCUUACGUUCGUCCUGAUCCAUUUCUUUCAGACCCUGAAGACUGUAGACUGCGAGUCCGAAGCUGUCGAGGCUAUUGAGCCACUGUGUCACGAGAUCGAAGCCUUGUUCGGGGAAUGGAAUAUUGACGACUGGCUCGAACGGUCCGCAUACGACAUGAUCAACCAGUGGGUCCUGGGCGACUUGGUUCUCAACGGUUACACCUGCAUCAUCUUCAUGCUCCGCAAAGCCACACUACUAAAGACCAACUCGCCCAACCCAAUAUCGUCCGACGACAACAUUCCCAAGACCGAUCUUGCAGCGAGAGCUUGUCGCCGAGUGCUCGAAUUGACGUAUUUGAUGCUGCAUGUCUGGAAGUUUCCGGUAGCAGAAGCCAUCUCGUAUAUACUUGGCGCUUACCGAGCUCAUAUCGCGUACGCCCAUGUGGCUAGCAACGUGAUUAAUUCACCGAAUGCCGGAGAGAUGGGUGCUGAUCUGGACUUACUAGAUCGAGUAGCUCAUAGUAUCGAGACAGCUGCACAGGAAGAGAACGAUUUUGUACCCUUGGUGCGAGUAAUGAAGAAGAUCAACGCGGAAUCGGGCCACACUAUCGACUUUGGCGACCUAGCUCAGCGUAUCGAGUCAACUCGGAGGAUACUACAACGACCUCUAACAUACGCAGAAAAGGUCCUCUUCGCCCACGCCGACAACAUCGGCGACCAACCCCUGGAGCGCGGCAAAACCCAGCUCAAGUUACGUCCGCGGCGGAUAGCAUGCCAAGAUGCCACGGCCCAGAUGGCAAUCAUCCAGUUCAUGUCGGCAGGCCUCGACUCCACCGCCGUGCCGACAACAGUGCACUGCGACCAUCUCAUCGUCAGCCGGACGGGCCAGGACGAGGACCUCCCGCAGGCGUUGAGCACGCACAAGGAAGUAUACGACUUUCUUUCCAGCGCUUGUAAGAGGUACGGCAUGGGCUUUUGGAAGCCCGGCGCCGGUAUCAUCCAUCAGACCGUAUUGGAGAACUAUGCGUUUCCGGGCGGCAUGAUGGUUGGGACGGACUCGCAUACGCCGAAUGCGGGAGGGAUGGGUAUGAUUGCGAUUGGUGUUGGUGGUGCGGAUGCGGUUGACGUGAUGGCUGGGUUGCCGUUUGAGUUGACGGCGCCGAACAUUAUCGGCGUGAGGUUAACUGGUCGACUCUCUGGAUGGGCGACGCCUAAAGACGUCAUCAAUAAGCUGGCUGGGAUCCUGACCGUCAAAGGCAGCACGGGUUCCAUCAUCGAAUUCUUCGGACCCGGCACGGAAUCCCUUUCUGCGACUGGUAUGGCAACGGUUUGCAAUAUGGGCGCCGAGACGGGAGCCACUACGUCAAUUUUUCCGUACUCAGAGGCCAUGAGAGAUUAUCUACAAGCAACUCAUCGCCACGAUGUCGCUGAAGCCGUGGGAUUUGCGGCUUCAGAACUUCGAGCCGAUACAGAUGCCCAAUACGACAGGAUUAUUGACAUCAACCUGUCAGACCUGGAACCCAUCGUCAACGGGCCCUUCACUCCGGACCUCUCAACGCCAAUUUCAAAACUGUCGGAGACUGUAAGCAAUGAAGGCUGGCCGAAGGACCUGACGGCGGGGCUCAUCGGCUCCUGCACAAAUUCGUCGUUCCAGGAUAUGUCGAGGGCAGCAGAGCUGGCCAAGCAAGCUUUGAGCGCCGGACUAGAGCCCAAGAUGCCGCUCUUCGUGUCGCCGGGAAGUGAACAGACUAGGAAGACUCUACAGGAGAACGGGGUGCUCGAGGUGUUUGAGAAACUGGGUAGCAAGCUACUCACCAAUGCGUGCGGUCCAUGCUGCGGGUCUUGGGAUCGCCAGGACAUGGAAAAGAGCACCAAAAACUCCAUCCUAACCUCCUAUAACCGCAACUUCACAGGCCGUCUAGACGGAAACCCCGCCACGCACAUCUUCCUCGCCUCGCCAGAAAUGGUGAUGGCCAAGAUCUUCUCCGACGACCUCGGCUUCGACCCGACAUCAGAUUCCCUCACCACGCCCUCAGGCUCCGACUUUCGUUUCCAGCCCCCGGACGGGGAUGCCCUACCUGCCCGAGGAUACUCGAACACGGAUUACGUCUACAGCGCGCCACCGCCAACAGGUCGGGACGAAGUGGAGGUGCAAAUUGCCGAGACAUCGAAGCGCCUCCAGCGGCUCGCUCCCUUCGAACCGUGGAACGGCGCGGAUUUCGAGAACUGCGCCAUACUCAUCAAGGUCCGAGGGAAGUGCACGACGGAUCACAUCACGCCUGCCGGGCCGUGGUUCGCGUAUCGAGGGCACCUGGGGAACAUCUCGAACAACACCCUCAUCGGCGCCGUCAACGCUGAGACUGGCAAAGUGAACUCUGUGCGCAAUUGGCUGACCGGCGAAGAGGGUGAUCUUCCUGGCACGGCGCGGGCCUAUAAAGCAGCUUCUCAGCCAUGGGUCGUCGUCGGAGAUCAUAACUACGGGGAGGGGUCUUCGAGGGAGCACGCAGCGCUGCAGCCUCGGUACCUUGGAUGCGUGGCUAUUUUGGCCAAGAGCUUUGCGAGGAUCCAUGAGACGAAUUUGAAGAAACAGGGGCUUUUGGCGCUCAAAUUUGUGAAGGAAAGCGAUUAUGACCGCAUCAAGUCGUCUGAUCGGAUCAGCAUUGUCGGUUUGAAGGAUGUUGAGCCUGGGAAGAACGUGGCAGUGAGAAUCACGCCUACUGAAGAGGGCAGGGAGGCGUUCAGCAUUGAGGCUAGCCAUACGUUGACGGGGGAGCAGAUUGAGUACUUUCGAGAGGGAAGUGCGUUGAACUUGAUGGCGAAACGCAAACAGAUGAAAGAAGACGCUGCAGUAUAA